AUGGAGGGCACAUCUACUUACACGCUUCCUAGGCCCUCGGCGAUGAUCUGGCCCUCCGUAUUUUCUAACACAUCCUUAUUUUAUGCACUUCACGACAAGACUGUCUCUGACCCAUCUCAGACCAAUGGAUGGCGAAUCUCCCGAUACCGCUGGUUCAUGUAUCUUAUGGGGGCGGCAUUUGCUUAUUACUGGUAUGCCCCAUCUAUCUUCGUGCUAGUACUUGAGGUUGCUGAUAAAUACCAGGCUUCCGGGAGUUCUGUGGCAGGGCCUUUCGGUCUUUUGUUUUAUUACCUAUAUAUAUCAAGCUACCUACAAAGCCCACUCCUAUCGCCCACACAUUCCCACUUGAACACCUUGGUUGGGCUGGUGGUCUUUGUUAUAAUAACAAGUAUCGGGAUAUCGUUCACGGGAGCCAUGUAUGCGGACUAUCUUCCAAUCAACACGUCGUCAACAUUCGAUAAUACCCAAAACUUCUAUAAUGUGUCAAGAAUACUCGGGCCAAACUUCUCAUUUGACCUUGAAAAGUAUAAGUCGUACUCUCCGUUAUUUUUAGCCCCGACCUUCGCAUUGAACUAUGGGCUGUCAUUUGCCGCGCUCACUGCUGUCCUCGUCCACAUUGUCUUAUAUCAUGGCAAAGAGGUUAUUUACCGAGCAAAAGCUGCAAGGAACCAAGAACCAGACAUAUAUAUGAAGAUGAUGUCGAAAUACCAGGAGUGCCCUGAAUGGUGGUAUGGGGUUCUGCUAGCGAUCGCCUUGGGCUUGGGCUUGGCCACGGCUGAAGCAUAUCCGUCUCAGUUGCCAUCACUUAAUGUCUUGUCUCCGUUCAUUGGCGGGUUUAUGCUACCGGGAAAAGCUAUUGGUGUUAUGGUGUUCAAGGUCUACGCAACUAAUACGCUUGGGCGAGCGCAAACAUAUAGUCGAGAUCUGAAGCUGGCACAUUACAUGAAAAUUUCGCCAAAGACGACUUUUACAUGUCAAGUAGGCGCCACUAUCUGGGCAGUUUUUGUGCAAAUUGCUGUGUUGAACUGGACUCUCGGAAACAUUGAUGGAGUCUGCACCCCGAACCAAGAGGCUCAUUUCACCUGUCCUAACGGUAAAACAUUCUUUUCGUCGGCUAUAGUUUGGGGUGUCAUCGGGCCACAACGAAUGUUCGGGCCAGGAUCCAUCUACUCUGGCAUUCAAUGGUAUUGGCUAGUUGGAGCAAUUUUGCCAAUUAUCUUCUACGUCCUCAUCCGACUCUUCCCUCGGUCGCCAGCCAGAUUCCUCAAUGCUCCAGUUAUGCUCGGUGCUAUGAACUGGCUGCCUCCGUAG